AUGUCUACGAACUCUGCUGGUCAUCACCAAAUCAAUGUUGAAGAAACGACAACCACGGAUCGAGAGGAUCUCAGUGAUACCCAGCUUGAGAAGGGUAUUGCUGCCAACGAGGAAACCCACAACAACAUUGGACGGACAAUCAAGACGGCCGAGGAAGGGAUCACGCAGGAAGAACUCCUCAAACGGUCCGCGCAAAACAAGAGGAACAAUGGUACUCCUGUUGACGCUUUCCCGUCACCUCGAGGUGCCCAAGAGAUGCAGGAGGCACCAGGAGUGACAGAACUCCUCAAUACUACCAAUAAUAAGAAUAAGAAUGAGACAGCUCCUGCAGGAGAGAAGAAACGAAAUCCAGUUGUGAUUGGAGCAGCUAUUGCGGUACUAGUUUUGGUGAUCAUCUUGGCGAUUGCCAUUCCUCUGGCGGUUCGUGGAGGUGGACAGGAAGAUGAUCCAUCACUGGGAACCAGUGCAACCCAAGGUGAAAUCUCCGAUCCAGUGCUGACACAAGUACCAACGCAAGCGCCAACACUCAAAGUUGACCUAGAUGCUGGGGUGCUGCUCCCCAAUGCCGCCAAUUCCACCUUGGAAUUGAUUUCUUUGGAUCAGGGAUCACCCCAGUACAAAGCUUUCACCUGGCUGACUCAAGAUCCCAAUCUCCAGCUGUACAAAAGCUGGAAAUGGGAACAGAGAUUUGCUUUGGCCACUUUCUUCUACGCAUUCCACGGUCCAGCAUAUUGGUCAUGGCUUAGCUAUGAAAUAGAGGAGUGUGAAUGGGGUGAGAGUUUCGCCAUAAAACAUGUGCAUUGCAACGAUGAUGGCCAUGUAAGACGAAUUACAGUGGGGGAAGCCCAAGCCCGAACUCUUUUCAUUGGAUCAAUCCCGCCAGAGCUCUCAUUCCUUGGUCAGUUGGAAGAAGUGGACUUGUCCGGGAAUCCCCAAAGUAUACCCAUAUUGCGUCUGCUACCAUCAAGUUUAUCACCAGAGUCAUUUCCGUCACUGAAAGUGAUUGGCUGUACUGGUUGCUCUCUCCGAGGAAGUAUCCCUGCAGAGCUCUGUGACUGGACCCAACUACACACCUUGAGGUUGGGAACAAACUGGCUUAGUGCGAUACCAGUGGAAAUCCAGCAGAUGACCCAACUUCAAGUGCUGACUCUGGAUACGAACAUUCUAACUGGAACAAUUCCAUUAGAGUUGACUCAGCUGGACCAGCUUCAAACUUUGACAUUGUCAAUUAACAGGCUGUCCGGAAUGGUCCCUUCCGAGUUUGGCUUGAUGACAUCAUUGACACUCUUGGGCUUGUCUGAAAACAGGGAAAUGUCGGGCACCCUCCCAACUGAACUUGGAUUACUGACAUCCCUGGCUUUCUUGAACAUGAGUGCCACCUUAUUAUCAGGUGAUAUUCCAUCGGAGCUGGGGUUGCUGACAUCAUUGACGGAGUUGGCCUUGCAUGACAGCAAUUUAUCCGGAAUAGUGCCAAGCAGUCUUUGUUCCAACCCAGACUUGUUGCAGAUACAAGUCGAUUGCGAUUCAGUGGAUUGUACAUGCAGUCAAUGCAAAUGCAUCACAAUGUAGCAGCGCUCUUCCAAUCCCUGAGCGGUCGUAUACUAUACAGCAUAUAUUAUAUUUGUCCCAACCCAUACACCAAAAGUCAUUGGUAGCCAUUCCUGGCUGGCUUUUCUGGUCCAGGUUCUGCACGAGCACCACGGACAAUGCAUGCUUUCCUCGAUUACAGUAUAGAUUUGUAACUAUCACGAUCAUCACUAUCAAUUCGUUCACUCCAUCAAAGCAUGCAGAGUUCUGAGUCGUGCUGUCAUGACCUUCUUCUUGAUGGAUGGCUUGGUUUGAACGCCGGCUCCAUCCACGCAUAGGGGUUGGCAUGGGCAAUCCAGUACACGGUACCACCUCCAACAGAUAAAAUGGCAGCUGGGAACUGAACUUAUUAUAUACUUGCAAACAAGCACACGCAACUAACUCAAAUCGAAGCAGGAUCGUACGUACAAUGCAUUGACCUGAAUUCAGGGAUCCAUCAAGGAGUGCCAUAGCACAGCACCACCAAUGUAAAUGAUCUACUAGUCACUUGACGGACACCCUUCAAAUUCUAUGCGUUGUUUUCUUUUGGUACUAACCGUCUGUGGUCUUGGAUGUGGCGAUCGAGGGAAGACCUCAAAUUGAAACUACAGUUGCUUAAAACUUCUUAAAAUGAUG